UAAACACGGAAGGCGUGUCGUCAAUCGUUGCAUUGUCAAACAUUGAAAAAUAAACGCGUGUGCUGGAAUUACUGUACAAACUCUCCUCCAGUGAUCUUUUUAAUAGAAUCAUAAGGAUGCAGUUAUGACGGUGGUGAAUUUAUCAUUUGCUGCGGCUGGGUUUUUAGGAGUGUAUCAUCUGGGGGCAAUAGAGGCAAUACUAAGACAUGGAGAUAAGCUGCUGUCCUCUUUAAAAGGCUGUGCUGGAGCAUCAGCUGGUUCUUUAGUGGCCACUAUAAUGAUCACUGCUCCUGAUAAACUACAGCAUUGUAAGGAAUUCACGUACAGAUUUGCUAGAAACGUCAGAAGGCAGAGAUUUGGAGCAGUGACACCAGGAUAUGACUUCAUGCUUGAACUGAGGGAAGGCAUAGAAGAGAUUCUCCCACCCAAUGCCCACCAGUUAGCCAAUGAACGUGUCCAUGUUUCAGUAACGCACUCAAAGACGCUCAAGAACACUAUCGUGUCCAACUUCACCUCAAGGGAAGACCUCAUUCAGGUGCUCUUGGCCAGCUGCUUUGUGCCUGUCUAUGCUGGAGUGAAGCCAGUGGAGUUCCAAGGUCAGAAAUGGAUAGAUGGAGGAUUCACAGACAGUCUUCCUAUUCUUCCAAUGGGACGCACAAUCACAGUGUCACCAUUUAGCGGCCCUCAGGAUAUUUCCCCAGCUCAUAAGGGCAUAAGUAAGCUUCACCUCAGACUGGCCAACAUGAGAGUUGUGCUCUCAAAGGACAACAUCGUAAGGCUGAACCAGGCCCUGUUUCCUCCCUCAUUACCAAGACUCAAAGCACUGGACCAGGAGGGAUACCAGGAUGCUGUUCGCUUUCUAAAGAAAGACAGAUGGAUGCAAUAGUUGUUUUUCUAAUUUUAGUAAUGGAAUAUAUAAAUUGUGGCAUGUUGACACCAUUUUUAGUAACAUUUCCUAGUUACUGUACCUAAACAUCUUUAGAGCAGUGCAAUAUUUUAUAUAUUUUUUAUAUAUAAUAUAUAAACCUGAUUGGUUGCAGGCUGGUGCGUUGGACACAGCUGUAGCUUAAGAUCUCCAAUAUUUAUUUGAAUACCAGUGUUCCAGUCAUGCAAAAUUCAUCAGACAUUUAAAAAAAGCGAGGGUCGCAUAACCUAAAUGUUGCUGUUUCUAUAAAUAUUGGAGUUCUAGACAUCAUCAUUUGAUUUUAAGCAGUUUUACAUAUUUUGUGUGAGAAUCAUACUUGCAGUGUCUACAGUACCUUAUUCUUAAGAUGAGCACUGUAAAAUGUAUCAUGUAUUUCAGGAGGCUGAAUGAUAAUUUUCUUAAAUACAAUUUCUAUUGCACAGCUCUAAAAUAACUCUACUCUCUGUAGGGCCUUGGCCCACUUAAAAUGGCAGCAGAGACCGCAAGGCCCUUUGUUCUAUGAUCAAAAGGAGAGACAUUGAACUCAGUUUCCCAGGAUCCUUCACAAAUUCACAACUGGAUGCGAAGUCCCGCCCAUGGACCCAGUCUCAAACGCCAUUGGUCAAGCGGCCUACGACCGAUGACGUCAUCUCGUCAACAAAACCCGCGGACAGAUGAAUUUCGGCCUCUCUGUGCUAAGCACUGCCUGGCUGUUAAGGGACAUCUGUACUGUGCACGUACUGAAGGAGUUUUCCCUCCGUUUGGACUGAGAACAAAGAGACCACGUUUUUAUAACCUCGCCAUUUGGCCACGGUAGAGUAAGAUUAACAUAGCUUUGUUCAAGUCUUAUAGUAUACUUAUAUCAACCGGUUCAGUUUCACUGUAAAGCAACAGUGAAUUUGUUUUGAAAAAACAGAAAGGCGACCAGUUUCCCUUCUCCCUCUUUUUCAUUCAACGUUGACUACUUUCUGCAUUCUUCUCCAUCGCUGGAUCCGAAGAAUAAAGCAGAGAUGCGUCUUUUCGCUGACGAGCGUAAGACAAGGAACCAUCCAGACUGUUUAUCCUGACCGGUCAAUGCAACAGGAAUUCCAACGGACAAACCUACUGAAAUCACACAGGAUUUCCCAAGUAAGGCUUGAUAUCUGGGCAGAUUUAGUUUAGAAACUGUGAUUUUUCUUGUGAAUCUAAAUCGUAUUUUUGAUUCUAAAUGCUGAUGUUUUGAGUAUAUUUGUAUGUUAAACUCUGCUCGCUGCUUCGAGUUGGGAGAUUUGUUUUAGUUUCUUUUGGGGUUACGUUUGUUUUGUUGAGUGAUCUGAACUAGUAAUUCAGUCCCGCUGUUACGAGCGGUUAUCCUUAACUAAACUGCAUGCAUUUUUCCUCUCUCUCUCGCUCUCAUUCUCUCUCUCUCACUGAUAUUCAUUGAGUGAGCGACGCCUCGGUUUAUGUUCGACUCAGGUUGGUGAACCAAAUUCUCCCGCCUGUUUCGUCAGUUCCUUUGUGUGUCCGCUCAUUUCCAUCCGCACGUGGUAUCAGCUCCAUUUUGGAUUUAACCCUCCAUUUUGAACCUGAUCCUCCAUUUUGAUUCCUUUGUUACCACACCUGGACACACACACACACACACACACACUCUAGCAUAUAGCUCCACUGUUAGUUUAGGAUAUCCUUGAUUUUAUUUUUGGAUUAUAUUCGGAUAGUAUUGGCUGUGUUCACUACUGCUUGAUUAUAAUAAAUCUUGUUAUAUUAUAAUAAGUACUCCUGUUUGUUUUUGUUUGAAUAUUGUGUUGAAGCCAACCUCUGCCACAUGAAGAACUCCCAAGUUACCUCAGAGUACUAUUAUGUUAUUGGCGUUAGAAACUAACUGUAACUAGAUUACUAUUAGAUUUGUAUACCAAUAAUUUAACUAGUUUUUCCCCUUUUUGAUUAUUUUGAUUAACAAUUAACUCAACCUACAGGGUAGAUUUUGUUUUAUGAGACUCAAUCAGUAACUUGCUAUCAUUUUUCUCUUUUCAAAGAGUGGUGCCCCGAGAAUAGAGUUUAAUGAAUUAAAUUCUAUUUAAUUACUAUUUAGUUAUUUAAUUGUUAUGAUUAUUCCGUAAUUAAUAACAAAUAAUUAUUGAUUAUUUCUGGAGAAUAGUUUAAUGAGUUAAAUUCUAUUUAAUUACUAUUUAGUUAUUUAAUUGUUAUUUGAUUAUUCCAUAAUUAAUAACAAUUAAUUAUUAUUUCUGAUAGUAAAACUGAUUUAAACAACCAGUAGCACCUACAUAAUAGUUAUAGCCCUGAGGGCAAUUUCUGAAAGUAUUUCUGAAAUCCCCUUUGUUGGAAUCUGUUCAUAAUGGCCUGUAAACCUCAAUCUAGUCCAACAACUCAGCCUCAUUUGCUAACAUUUGACAUCCGCACAUAUCAGUGGUGUGUAUCUCUAAGUCCUUGAGGACAACCAUGGAGAACAAGCCUUUGAAGUAGAACCACAAGAGAGGCCGUUUGAACUCGGUGAGUCUCCUCACCUCUCAGAACAAUCGCUUUACUCACACUUGACUCUGCAAGAGCGUUAUGAUAAUUUUUCUGCCUAUGAGAAUAACGUCUCCCAGGGGAAGGUUUGGGGAUUAGCAAAGUUUGUGUAUAUUUGUGAUGUGGGAGUGAAGAGAGAAACAGUUGAAGCACAGGCGAGGACUCAAAAACCCUUCUGCAAAAACUGCUCAUUUGAGUCGUGAUAUCAUGAGGAGUAAUGACAAGUAAAUAGAUUUGAUGCUACUUUUGCAAUUAAGUACCAGUUUUAUUGAAUUAGACCCAUGGGUAGAGUGUCGUCAAAAGAUGUACAAAGUUCAGCUAUUUAUGUGAUCAUAAUCCAUCUGUUCUAAUUGGUCUUCAUAAAGUGAGCAGAAUAUUAUAAGAUAAGCACCAUUAGUGAUGUAUUGUUCAGCAGAUAGCUCGCAGCAGCACAGGGCAUUUACAUCAGUCUUCAAAUGUAUGAUGCAGAAAUGAUGUCUUGGGUUGAUCCAUAAACAACAUGAAAAGCUUUAUCACAGUCUUCUUGUAGUUUGUAUCAUGUCAAGUGUGAUGUUUAAUCUAUUAUAUGUUUCACAGUUUUUAUGAACACUUGAGAACAGUUGUUUCCUAAAGUCCAAAAUUAGUCCAGCAAGUUGAAAUAAAUACCAAACCUUUUUAUAAUGAGAGUUGGUUCAUCAUGUAAGACAGGAGAUUCCCAUAUUAAUUUAACUCAUUUAAAUUUAUUCUAAUGCAGUAGAUGCUUUUAUCCUAAGUGAUGGACAGAGGAAUACUAACAGAGAGAAAAAAGCAAUUUAAAUAAUACAGCAUAGCAAUGCACUUGGACACUGCAUCUGCCCAUGUGAAUGUGUGUGAAUUUGAUUGUGCAAUUAAGCUCCAUCUAGAUGUGUCUUUGAAUGACACCUUUAAUAAUGUUAUUAGAAUGUGCAUGCCCAUUGACUUACUAUACACUGGACCUGACCCCUCACAAAGACCUUGAAGAACCCUUGACAUUGGGAUUAUACAUUAAGAUUAUAUUUACCACUGAUUAAGAAAUAAUUGUAUGCAUUUUGCAAGCCUGUAUAAUUCUGCUAUUAGUCAAAUUAUUAAGCUCUGAGAAAAUUAGUAAGUGCUCAUGACCAGCAGAAGAUUGAGAUGUGGUGAACAUGUGGGG